CUGAGGUCGCCGUCGUCCAUGGGGGAGGAGAUUUUAGGGUUUUUUUCUCCCCGGCUUGGGAGUUGGGACUCGAGGUGUUUCUCUCUCUACUAUAGGGGCCAGUUCGAAUCCCGGGAAUUGGAAUCCCGAAUCGAGCCCUGGAAUCGGAAUGAGACAGGAAUGGACUAAUGGGUCGGGUCCAAGCGUGCCGACCCGGGAAUGGGUGAACAGUGAUGGGCCGGCAAAUCGUUCCACCCGACGGCCCACCUCAGAUCCUUCCUCCACCGUCGGCCUCCUCGCCGCCGCCCGCCGGCCACCGCCGAUCCGAUCUCCAUCCCCGCCGCUGGUCAGCACCCACCCUCUCUCUCUCGCAUCUCUCCCUACCCGCGCCUACCUUCUCUCAGCUUCUCCUCCAGAUCAGGGAAGCCCCAUGGCCGACGUGACCUCCACCCCCGACGAUUCCCACCGCAGCAGCUCACCACCACCGCAAGAAACCGCCGCCGCCGCCGGCGGCUCGCAGCAUGUCGAGCAGCUGAGGAAGAUGCUCUUCCGGAGGAUGCUGGUCGGCGUGAACGACGGCCGCUACUUCCUCGGCCUGUUCCACUGCGUCGACAAGCAGGGCAACAUCCUCCUGCAGGACGCCGUGGAGUACAGGAGCGCGCGGCACUCGUCGCCGUCCCCGACGGAGCAGCGCAGCCUCGGCCUCAUCCUCAUCCCGGCGGCGUGCCGCUCGUCCUGCCAUGUCGACUGCUCUGUCGAGGGGAGUAUGUCUCUCCUGUCUCUCUGAACGAACUGAAACGAGUGAUGCUUCACUAGUUCUUUCCUUUUUCGUUCUGGUUGCAGAAAGAUGGUAGCUUUGGAGUCUUGGAUGAACCCAUGUAUGAAAAUCUUCGUGCUGUGACAUAAUUUGCAACCAGUUUUUCUUUUUUUUUUCUUGAUUGCAAAAGCUGAUAGCUUAUGAGUUUUGGAUGAACCUAUGUAUGAAAAUCUUCCUGCUAUGAAUUAGUAAUUUGCAAUCUUUUUGUCAUAUGGUAUACUCCUAGUGGUGCUGUUUUUGCUGGAAUCUUUUAGGGAGGGCUGGUGUUUGUAUGUUUCACUGCAGUAGAACAGAACAGAUCAGUGAUGUACUGCUGCUUGUGUCUCAUUUCAGUUUGGUUUUCAGUCAACCUGAUGAUUUAGAUUUCUCAUAUGGUGUUGAGUAACAUUUCUUACCUGUUUAGUCAAGAAAUCAUCAAAGGCCAAAGUGCAUUAGUAACAUGUUUGCAAACUCCUGUUUGGGU